AUGGCGAUAGCAUAUCGAAAAGGUGAUUUAGUUGAAGUUUCUAGCAACGAUGAAGGUUUCUUGAGUUCCUACUUCGCGACGAAGGUUCUCGCAGCAGGAAGAACGCUGGUUCUGGUAGAAUAUGAGACACUAUUAACCCCUGAUGAGUCGGGCUUGUUGAAAGAGAUCGCAAAAUACAGUCAAGUAAGGCCUCGUCCACCUGAGAUUCUAGUCUCUGCUUUCCGUGUCUUUGAGAAAGUCGAUGCUUAUGACAAUGAAGGGUGGUGGGUUGGAAGAAUCACUUCUUUAAGAACUUCACUCCGCUCCCUUCUAUUCUUCUUCCACACAGGGAAUCAGCCAUUUUUGAAACCAGUUUUUGGUGGUGUCUCGUUGGAGAGUCUCCUCUCCUUCUCUGUUUGUUCUGCAGUUCAUCGUCCUCCAUCGUUCACGGAUUAUUGGCUCUUUGUUCUCGUUGGAGGAUCGAUUUGA